AUGUCGUCUGCUCUCGCGACAGCCUCUGAGGCUCUCAAGGCUCGCAUCCGUCACCCCGCUACCCUCAAGAAGCUGGCCAAGCCCGAAGAGCUCCUCCAUCACUUUCCCAAUGGAUCCUACAUUGGAUGGUCUGGAUUCACUGGUGUCGGAUACCCCAAGACCAUGCCCACGCACAUGGCCGAUCACGUCGAGAAGAACAACCUCCAGGGCCAGCUCAAGUACUCUCUCUUCGUCGGCGCCUCUUCCGGUGCCGAGACGGAGAACCGAUGGGCCGAGCUUGACAUGAUCAACAGGCGAGCGCCCCACCAGGUCGGGAAGAACAUCUCCAAGGGAAUCAACGCUGGACGUAUCAACUUCUUUGACAAGCACCUGUCCAUGUUCCCCAGCGACCUUGUCUACGGCUUCUACACCAAGGACCGUCCCAACAACAACCUCGACGUCGUCGUCGUCGAGGCCACCGACAUCAAGGAGGAUGGCAGCAUCGUCCCCGGAGCUUCGGUCGGUGCCACCCCCGAGCUGAUCCAGAUGGCCGACAAGGUCAUUGUCGAGGUCAACACCGCCCUCCCUUCCUUCGAGGGUCUCCACGACAUCACCUUCACCGACCUCCCUCCCUACCGGAAGCCCUACAUGAUCACCAAGCCCGAGGACCGCAUCGGCACCACCUCCAUCCCCAUCGACCCCUCCAAGAUCGUCGGCGUCGUCCAGUCCGACUACCAGGACGCCACCCAGCCCAACACCGAGGCCGACGAGACGUCGUACCGCAUCGCCAACCACCUCAUCGAGUAUUUCGAGCACGAGGUCCGCCACGGUCGCAUGCCCGAGAACCUCCUGCCUCUGCAGUCUGGCAUCGGCAACGUGGCCAACGCCAUCAUCGGCGGCCUCGACAAGUCCAACUUCAAGAACCUCAAGGUGUGGACCGAGGUCAUCCAGGACACCUUCCUCGACCUCUUCGACUCGGGCCGCCUCGACUUCGCCACCGCCACCUCCAUCCGCUUCUCCCCCGACGGUUUCAAGCGUUUCUACGACAACUGGGACGCUUACCACGGAAAGCUCCUGCUCCGCAGCCAGGCCGUCUCCAACUCGCCCGAGAUCAUCCGCCGCCUGGGCUGCAUCGGCAUGAACACGCCCGUCGAGGUCGACAUCUACGCCCACGCCAACUCGACAUGCGUCAUGGGUUCCCGCAUGCUCAACGGUCUCGGCGGAUCCGCCGACUUCCUCCGCUCCUCCAAGUACUCCAUCAUGCACACGCCCUCCACCCGCCCCUCCAAGACGGACCCCCACGGCGUCUCCUGCAUCGUCCCCAUGUGCACCCACGUCGACCAGACCGAGCACGACCUCGACGUCGUCGUGACCGAGCAGGGCCUCGCCGACGUCCGCGGCCUCAGCCCGCGCGAGCGCGCCCGCGUCAUCAUCAGCAAGUGCGCCCACCCCGUCUACCAGCCCAUCCUGUCGAGCUACUUCGAGAAGGCCGAGUUUGAGUGCCUCCGCAAGGGCAUGGGCCACGAGCCCCACCUCCUGUUCAACAGCUUCGACCUCCACAAGGCCCUCCAGGAGCACGGCAGCAUGCAAAAGGUCGGCCCGUGGUAA